AUCAGUGCGUUUUGAGAAAGAGUAACAUGUUUGGAGGUGAUUUUCUGAUGCUUGACUCACCCUGGAAGGAAUGUGGACUGAAGUUCUAGGGUUUGUGUAUCUUACCCGCUGGACUCAGCAUUGUGUCUUAAGUUCGCUUAAGUCAGAACUUGUAUGAGAAGGAAAAUGGGAGUCUGGAUACAUAAAAAUGACUGUAUCAGAGACCUAAAAAGGAUCAGUCUCUGUCUUCUGAUACUGUAUAUGGCCGUUUUAGUGAGCACAGAUCAGGAUUUUUACAGUUUACUUGGAGUGUCCAAAACGGCAAGCAGUAGGGAAAUAAGACAAGCUUUUAAGAGAUUAGCACUGAAGUUACAUCCUGAUAAAAACCCGAACAACCCAAAUGCGCAUGGUGAUUUCUUAAAAAUAAAUAGAGCAUAUGAAGUACUCAAAGAUGAAGAUCUACGGAAAAAGUAUGAUAAAUAUGGAGAGAAGGGACUUGAAGAUAACCAAGGAGGCCAGUAUGAAAGCUGGAACUAUUAUCGUUACGAUUUUGGUAUUUAUGAUGAUGAUCCUGAAAUCAUAACACUGGAAAGAAGAGAAUUUGAUGCUGCUGUUAACUCUGGAGAACUGUGGUUUGUAAACUUUUAUUCACCAGGAUGUUCACACUGCCAUGAUUUAGCCCCCACUUGGAGAGAAUUUGCUAAAGAAGUGGAUGGAUUACUUCGAAUUGGAGCUGUAAAUUGUGGCGAUGAUAGGAUGCUUUGCCGAAUGAAAGGAGUCAACAGUUAUCCAAGCCUCUUCAUUUUUAGGUCUGGAAUGGCUGCAGUGAAAUACCAUGGAGACAGAUCAAAGGAAAGUUUAGUGAAUUUUGCCAUGCAGCAUGUGAGAAGCUCAGUGACAGAACUGUCAACAGGAAAUUUUGUUAACUCCAUACAAACUGCAUUUGCUGCUGGUAUUGGCUGGCUGAUCACUUUUUGUUCCAAAGGAGGAGAUUGUUUGACUCCACAGACACAACUCAGACUCAGCGGCAUGUUGGAUGGCCUUAUUAAUGUUGGAUGGAUGGACUGUGCCACCCAGGAAAAUCUCUGUAAAAGUCUGGAUAUUACAAUAAGUACUACUGCUUAUUUUCCUCCUGGAGCCACUUUAAAUAACAAAGAAAAAAACAGCAUUUUGUUUCUUAAUUCAUUGGAUGCUAAAGAAAUAUAUUGGGAAAUAAUACAUAAACUUCCAGAUUUUGAACUACUUUCAGCAAAAACACUAGAGGAUCGUUUGGCACAUCAUCGCUGGCUCAUAUUUUUCAGUUUUGGGAAAAAUGAAAAUUCAAAUGAUCCUGAGUUGAAAAAACUGAAAACUCUUCUUAAAAAUGACCAUAUUCAAGUUGGAAGGUUUGAUUGCUCCUCUGCACCCAGCACCUGUAGGGAUCUCUAUGUUUUCCAGCCCUGUCUAGCAGUAUUUAAAGGACAAGGAACCAAAGAAUAUGAAAUUCAUCACGGAAAGAAGAUUUUAUAUGAUAUACUUGCCUUUGCCAAAGAAAGUGUUAAUUCUCAUGUUACCACACUUGGACCUCAAAAUUUUCCUUCCAGUGACAAAGAACCGUGGCUUGUUGAUUUUUUUGCUCCUUGGUGUCCACCAUGUCGAGCUUUACUGCCAGAGUUACGGAAAGCAUCAACAAUUCUUUAUGGUCAGCUGAAAUUUGGUACACUAGAUUGUACAGUUCAUGAAGGACUCUGUAAUAUGUAUAAUAUUCAGGCUUACCCAACUACAGUGGUAUUCAACCAGUCCAGUAUUCAUGAGUAUGAAGGUCAUCACUCUGCUGAACAGAUCCUGGAGUUCAUAGAGGAUCUUAGGAACCCUUCAGUGGUCUCUCUCACACCCACCACAUUCACCGAACUGGUUAAACAAAGAAAGCAUGAUGAGGUCUGGAUGGUUGAUUUCUAUUCUCCAUGGUGUCAUCCCUGUCAGGUCCUUUUGCCAGAAUGGAAAAGAAUGGCCCGGACACUGACUGGACUGAUCAAUGUGGGCAGUGUAGACUGCCAACAGUAUCAUUCUUUCUGUGCCCAAGAAAAUGUUCAGAGAUACCCUGAGAUAAGAUUUUAUCCCCAAAAAUCAAAUAAAGGCUAUCAGUAUCAUAGUUACAAUGGUUGGAAUAGGGAUGCUUAUUCCCUAAGAAUCUGGGGUCUCGGAUUUUUACCUCAAGUGUCCACAGAUUUGACACCUCAGACCUUCAGUGAAAAAGUUUUGCAGGGGAAAAAUCAUUGGGUGGUAGAUUUCUAUGCACCUUGGUGUGGACCUUGCCAAAAUUUUGCUCCAGAGUUUGAGCUCUUGGCUAGGAUGGUUAAAGGAAAAGUGAAAGCUGGGAAGGUAGACUGUCAGGCUCAUUCCCACACCUGCCAGAAAGCCGGAAUCCAAGCCUAUCCGACCGUCAGGUUUUAUGCCUAUGACAGAACAAAGAAAAGUAUUUGGGAAGAGCAUAUAAGUGCUAGAGAUGCAAAAACAAUUGCUGCCUCCAUUUAUGGAAAACUCGAAACUCUCCAAAAUCAAGAAAAGAGAAACAAGGAUGAACUUUGAUUAUAUUGAAGAUGAAGAAAAAUUGAAAAAUUCUGGAAAAUACCAUCA